CAAUGAUUUUCAGCUUGAAGGAGAGAAAGUGGUAGCUGGGAGAGAUGGAGACUUAUCUGCCAUUUGCAGGGAUGGUAAUGGUGGAGUGUUUGGAUGUGGGAAUGACCACACUAAGCAAAGCGGCCAUGUCCAGAGGAAUGAGUCACUUUGUUUUUGUUGUCUACUCAAAUGCUCUUGCCACUCUCAUCCUCCUCCCUUCUUCUUUCAUAAUCCACAGAAAUAAGAGACCCCCAUUGACCUUCUCCAUUCUCUGUAAAUUCUUCCUUCUUAGCCUUGCUGGGAUAACUAUUAUGCAGAACUGUGUGUUCACUGGAGUAAACUACAGCUCUCCUACUCUUGCCUCUGCAAUGAGCAAUUUGGUCCCAGCUUUCACUUUCUUCCUUGCUGUUAUCUUCAGAAUGGAAAAGUUAGAUUUGAGGAACUCAAUGAGCCAGAUCAAAAUCAUGGGCACCCUGGUAUCUAUAUCAGGAGCAUUGAUUGUCACUCUCUACAAGGGUGCUCCACUUUUAGGCACACCAGUUCAAUCAAUUCCUGACUCUUCUCCCUCGAACACCUCUUCGUCGACAUCAAUGAAUAAUUGGAUCAUUGGAGGCCUUUUUCUUGCAACAGCUUCUUCAUGUCUUGCAAUAUGGAAUACUGCUCAGGCUGCCAUUCUUAAAGGAUACCCAUCAGAGAUGACCAUAGUAUCCUUCUAUUCCUUAUUUGGAACCAUUCAGUGUACAAUACUUUCCUUGUUUGUUGAAAGGAAUCCAAGUGCCUGGACACUGAGGCCUGACAUUGAGCUUGCCUCUAUCUUCUAUUCAGCUAUUUGUGGAGGUGUUGUAACAUUCUCUGUGCAAACAUGGUGCAUAAAAAAGAAAGGACCUGUCUUUGUGGCUAUGUUCAAGCCUUUGGGGAUUGCCAUUGCUGCUUUGCUGAGUGCUAUCUUUCUAGGGGAAGAACUCCAUGUUGGAAGCCUUAUUGGAGCAGUGGUAAUUGUUGUGGGAUUUUACGGAGUAAUCUGGGCGCAAUCAAAAGAGGAAAAAGGUUUGGAUAUAAAAACAAAGGAAGAUAGUGAAUCCCAGGAGGAUGAUGAGAUUGAUAGGCUGCAGUCGUCAUCUCAGAAGAAGCCUCUAUUGGAGAGCGAAGUACAUGUUUAAAACAUGUUUCAUGGCUAGAUGCAAUUACCACGUUAUCAUAUAUAAACUACAAUAACACUAUAGCGUUUUGUAUAUUCCUAGCA